CAUGUCUGGAAUGCUUGCCCCGCCCCAGGGGCAGGGCUGCCCUGACCAAGCUUCUCAGCGGGAGGGGCGUCCCGGGUGGCCUGGCACCCUUGCAAUGCACGAUGCAGGAUAAUGCCGAGACCUGAGACCCAGAGGCCAAGGCCGGGCUGGUCACUCCUUCCAGCCACCUGGCGCCCCCGGGCCAGGACCCUGGAGCAGGGUCAGAGCCAGUUCGCUCCUGAUCCAGAUGGGCGGCUGGCCUGGCCACCACCCCUAGCCCUGGCUUCUAGUCCCCAGCCUGCAGGGCCAUCCUCCCACGUGAGACACGCCCACAGCCACACCCGCACGCCUGGCUGGGGUUCUCAGUCCGGGCAGCUCCUGCCUAGGUGGCUCCACGGGGCGGGCCCCGACGCGGGAGGGCGGGCACAGGAGGACUUAAAGGCUCCCAGCUCCAGCCUUGCGCAGAAGGAGCUCAGACCAUGGCCCAGAACGCCCGGCUCCAGCUGUUUGUCAAGGCCAGCGAGGAUGGCGAGAGUGUGGGGCACUGCCCCUCCUGCCAGCGGCUUUUCAUGAUCCUGCUUCUCAAGGGUGUGCCCUUCACACUCACCACCGUGGACACACGCAGGUCCCCGGAUGUGCUGAAGGACUUCGCCCCGGGGUCACAGCUCCCCAUCCUGCUCUAUGAUGGUGACGCCAAGACAGACACCCUGCAGAUUGAGGAGUUUCUGGAGGAGACACUGGGGCCACCUGACUUCCCCAGCCUGGCACCCCGAUACAGGGAGUCCAACAUGGCAGGUAACGAUGUCUUCCACAAGUUCUCCGCGUUCAUCAAGAACCCAGUGGCCACGCAGGAUGAUGCCCUGUACCAGCAGCUGCUGCGCGCCCUCGCCAGGCUGGACAGGUACCUGCGCACGCCCCUGGAGCACGAGCUGGCCCAGGAGCCGCAGCUGCCGGAGUCGCUCCGCCGCUUCCUGGACAGUGACCAGCUCACGCUGGCCGACUGCAGCCUGCUACCCAAGCUGCACAUCGUGGACACGGUGUGCGCGCACUUCCGCCAGGCGCCCAUCCCCGCAGAGCUGCAGGCCGUGCGCCGCUACCUGGCCAGCGCACUGCAGGAGAGAGAGUUCAAGUACACGUGUCCGCACCCUGCCGAGCUUGUGGCGGCCUACCGGCCCGCUGUGCACCCUCGCUAGGACAGCUAGGACGCUGCUCGCCUCCCACCCGUGCCCUGCAUCUGCAGUCCCAUAAAGCCAUCUCUGUCCCA